GAGGAGGCUCUUCUGAGGCUGCUGCCAGUGGUCAAAGCCUCCAACAAAUCUCUGCUGAGUGUCUGUGAACUUUCAGAGAAGAGCUGUAAAGAUCUGUCUUCAGUUCUCAGCUCCUUGUCCUCUAGUUUAAGAGAGCUGGACCUGAGUAUCAACACCCUGGAAGAUUUAGGCGUCCAGCUUCUGUCUGACGCAUUGAAGAGCAAACAUUGUAAACUGAAUACACUGAUACUGAGUCUCUGUAACCUCUCAGAGAGAAGCUGUGAAACUAUUUCUUGUGGACUGCAGAAUCUAAACUGCAAGCUGAUUACUCUGAGGCUGAUGGACUGUAAUCUGUCAGAUGGAAGCUGUGAAGCUCUGUCCUUAGUUCUCAACUCCCAGUCAUCUAGUCUUAGAGAGCUGGACCUGAGUAACAGCAACCUGCAUGAUUCAGGCGUGAAGCCUCUGUCUGUAGGAAUACAGAGUCCACAGUGUACACUGGAAACACUCAGACUGAAUGGCUGUUUCCUGUCAGAGAGGAGCUGUGAAGCGUUGUCCUCAGUUCUCCGCUCCCAGACCUCUAGUUUGAGAGAACUAAACCUGAGUAACAAUAACCUGCAGGAUUCAGGCAUGAAGCUUCUCUCUGCUGCAGUGGAGAGUCUACAAUGUAACCUCAAAACUCUCAGUCUGUCAGGUUGUCUGAUCACAGAAGAAGGUUGUACUUCUCUGGCCUCAGCUCUGAGCUCCAAUCCCUCCCAUCUCAGAGAGCUGGACCUGAGCUACAAUCAUCCAGGAGAUUCAGGAACGAAGCUGCUGUCAGCUGGACUAAAGAAUCCACGCUGGAGACUGGACACUCUCAGGGUGGAGCCUGCUGGAGUCCAAUGGUUGAGACCAGGUCUGAUCAUCAUCAAAGUGUCAAUCAACGAACAGAUGUUGGAUCAAUAA